UGAAAUUGCUCCGGGAAAUUGCAUUCAAUUUCAAAUUUAAUUAUAAAUAAAAAGGUCCCGUAUUGUGUAAUUUUCAUAGAUUGAAUUUUUAAUAUUCUAUUCCAAUGCUAGCAUUUUUCAUUGGAGUUGUGCGUUUUUCUUUCUUUUCAUUGACUAUGACUUAGAUAUCUGAAUAAUUUUUGAACUAAACAAAACAUCGCAAUGGUUUUCGAAUCUAUUGUAGUGGAUGUUUUAAACCGGUUCCUUGGGGACUACGUUGAAAAUCUAAAUAGAUCACAGUUAAAAUUAGGUAUAUGGGGUGGCGACGUAGUAUUGGAGAAUUUGAUACUUAAACAAAAUGCUCUUGAAGAACUCAAUAUUCCAGUACAAACAGUAUAUGGUCACUUAGGAAAGUUAGUGCUUAAGAUACCAUGGAAAAAUCUAUAUGGCGCGUCAGUUGAAGCAACAAUAGAAAGGCUUUUUCUCAUUGUAAAUCCAAAUGCUGAAGUCAAAUAUGAUGCAGAAAAAGAAGAGAAAAUGGCUCUGGCAGCCAAGCAAGCAGAACUUGCAAGAGUUGAGGAAGCCAAAAAGAGAGAAGCUGAAAAAGAUCAAAUUAAAUUGGAUGAAACAUUUGUUGAAAAACUGGUGACACAAAUAAUAAAAAAUGUUCAACUCAAAAUUAUGGACAUACAUAUUCGCUAUGAAGAUAGUAUAACUAAUCCUAAAGCACCUUUUUCCUUUGGUAUAACACUCCAUAAUUUAUCUGUGCACACAACUGAUGAAAAUUGGAAACAGGCUGUAAUUCAAGAGGCUGUUACAAAAAUCUUUAAAAUAUUGAAUUUAGAAGGAUUAGCUAUUUAUUGGAAUCCAACAACAGAACUAUAUUCUAAAUCCAGCCCAGAUGAGAUUAAGAACCGUUUGCAGAAAGAAAUUGCAACUAAAAUAGUUAAGCCUGAUAAUUAUCACUAUGCACUUGGUCCUAUAAAUGCAACAGCAAAACUGAAACUGAAUCCGAAGCCCGAAGGAGAUACGCCCAAAUUUUGCAUUCCCAAAGUAAUCCUUAGUUUACAUAUGGAACAACUUGCUGUCAAUCUUAAUAAAGCACAGUACCAAGAUAUGAUGCUGUUAGCAGAUUCCAUGGAUCGAAUGAGCAAAGGCGCACCUUACAGAAAAUAUCGGCCCGAUGCAAAAUCUUACAAAGGUCACUACAAAGAAUGGUGGAAUUUUGCAUAUAAAUGUAUUUUGGAAGAGGAGGUGCUCAGGCGUCGCAGAAAUUGGAAUUGGAAUCACAUGCUGUCCCAUAGACAGCUCUGUAAAGACUAUGCCAAUGCUUAUCAGUGCAAGCUCACUACUAAGGGAAAAGUGGCAAAUGAGUACCAAUGUGUGUUGGAUAAAGCUGAGAAAACAUUAGACCUAUUUAAUUUGGUUGUUAUAAGACAACAAAUUGAGUCAGAGGUGGAAAGAUUAGGCAAAUUGGAAGCAGAAGCAAAGAAAUCUCGUGGUUGGUUCAGCGGCUGGUGGUCCGGAGCGAGUUCUAAGGAUGAAGAAUUAUCUGAAGGAGUUGCUAUCAUGAAGCAAUUCGAGAAGGCGAUGACUAGCGAGGAGAAGGAGAAGCUGUUCCGCGCGAUCGACUACCAGGAGAACACGGCGCCGCUGCACCUGCCCAGCGAGUACGUGGCGGUGGAGGGCCACUUCCGGCUCGAGCGGCUGCAGCUGGCCGUGCGCCACGAGGUGGAGGUGCUGCGCGCCUGCGUGGAGCACGUCGAGGUGGACCUGCGCCAGCGCCCGAGCGCUAACGCUCUGAGAGUGGAUGUUCAAAUGGAGGCAUUUACUGUGGCCGGUGUGCGUCAAGACGAAUUUGAACCGCAAUUAGUCACUUCAAAGGAAGUUUCAAAAGAUGUUAAUCUUUUGAAUGUUAUAUUUGAAACUAACCCACUGGAUGGCACUUGUGAUCAGCGCGUUAAAGUGCAAGCGCGCCCGUUGCAAAUUAUAUACGACGCACAAACUGUAAUAGAAAUAGUCAAUGUGUUUAAACCACCCACCGAAUCCACUGCUUUAACUACAUUGCAGGCAGCUGCUGAGAACAAAUUGUCUGAUUUGAAAGAGAAGUCGGCUCUGGGUAUGCAAUAUGCUGUCAACCAUCACACGUUUAUAGAUUUGGACAUAGAUAUCGCUUCUUCCUACAUCAUUGUUCCUCAGUCUGGAAAAUAUAAAGGGUGA